CGAGGCCUUGAGCUGAGGGAGCGGCGGCGGGGGAGGACGCAGGAACCGGAGGAGACGUGACCAUGGAGACGCUGAUCCCUGUGAUCAACAAGCUACAGGAGAUCUUCAACACUGUGGGGGCGGAGGUCAUCCAGCUCCCUCAGAUUGUUGUCAUUGGCUCUCAGAGCAGUGGGAAGAGCUCAGUUCUGGAGAGUAUCGUGGGCCGGGACUUCCUACCCCGGGGUUCGGGCAUCGUGACCCGGCGACCCUUGGUGUUACAGUUGGUUCACGUGGCUUCGCUGGAGGAGCGGAAGGAGGCAGCAAGUGCGGAAACAUGUGUCCAGGCUGAGGAGUGGGCUACAUUCCUGCAUUGCAAGCACAAGACAUUUACAGAUUUCAACGAGAUCCGGCAGGAAAUUGAAAAUGAAACUGAGAGAAUGACAGGUACCAACAAGGGAAUCAGCCCAGAACCCUUGUACCUGAAGAUUUUUUCUCCCCAAGUGCUGAACUUGACCCUGGUUGACCUGCCUGGCAUCACAAAGGUGCCCGUGGGGGACCAGCCCCCGGACAUUGAGGGUCAGGUCAAGGCCAUGAUCCUCUCCUACAUCAGCAACCCGAAUUGCCUGCUCCUGGCCGUCACCGCCGCCAACACAGACAUGGCCACCUCUGAAGCCUUGAAGCUGGCCCGGGAUGUGGACCCUGACGGUCGUAGGACCCUGGCAGUGGUCACCAAGUUAGACCUGAUGGACGCCGGGACCGACGCGAUGGAUGUGCUGAUGGGACGCGUCAUCCCUGUGAAACUGGGCAUCAUUGGGGUAGUGAAUCGGAGCCAACACGACAUCAACAUCAAUAAGAGCAUCAGCGAUUCCCUCCAAGACGAGCAGGGCUUCCUGCAGAAGAAGUACCCGUCUCUGGCCAACCGCAAUGGCACGCGCUUUCUCACCAAGACCCUCAACAGGCUGCUGAUGCAUCACAUCCGAGACUGCCUGCCCGAGCUGAAGACACGGGUGAACGUGCUGACGGCCCAGUACCAGUCAGUCCUGCAGAGCUACGGGCAGCCCAUCGCGGACCAGAAUGCCACCCUGCUUCAGAUCAUCACCAAGUUUGCCACCGAGUACUGCAACACCAUCGAGGGCACAGCCAGGAACAUCGAGACCUCAGAGCUCUGCGGAGGGGCCCGCAUGUGCUACAUCUUCCACGAGACGUUCGGCCGGACCCUGGAGUCCAUUGACCCGCUGGCCGGGCUGACCAUGCUGGACAUCCUGACGGCCAUCCGCAAUGCCACGGGGCCGCGCCCGGCUCUUUUCAUCCCCGAAGUCUCCUUCGAACUGCUGGUGAAGAGGCAGAUCAAACGGCUGGAGGAGCCGAGCCUGCGCUGCGUGGAGCUGGUUCACGAGGAGCUGCAGCGCAUUAUCCAGCACUGCUCCACCUACAACACCCAGGAGCUGCUGCGCUUCCCCAAGCUGCAUGAGGCAAUCGUGGAAGUAGUGACCGGGGUCCUGCGCAAGCGGCUGCCCAUCACCAAUGAGAUGGUGCACAAUCUGGUAGCGAUCGAGCUGGCUUACAUCAACACGAAGCACCCAGAUUUCAUCGACACCGCCGUCGUCUCGGCCUCCGUCAGCAGCAGCAAGAGUGAUUCCCAGCAGCCGGACGGGGGCCGGCGCUGGAAGAGCGAAAAGGGAGAGGAUCAGGGCCAGGAGGAGAAGCUCAAAGGGGCCAGCCAGGCCUCCGUGUUCUCCAGCCCCAGCCGAGCCCAUGCUGUCAACCUCCUGGACACACCCAUGCCGGUGGCCCGGAAGCUGAGCCAACGGGAGCAGCGAGACUGCGAGGUGAUCCGCAGGCUGAUCAAGUCCUAUUUCCUUAUUGUCCGCAAGAGCAUCCAGGACAGCGUCCCCAAGACGGUUAUGCAUUUCCUGGUGAAUUAUGUGAAGGACCACCUGCAGAGCGAGCUGGUGGGCCAGCUGUAUAAGGCGCAGCUCCUGGAGGGGCUGCUGACCGAGUCCGAAGACAUGGCCCAGCAACGCGGUGAGGCGGCCAACAUGCUCAAGGCGCUGCAGAAGGCCAGUCAGACCAUCUCCGAAAUCCGAGAGACCCAGCUGUGGUGAGGGAGGCCGGCGGGUGUCGCGAGCCCCCCACCCGCCUGCUCCCUGCUCCGAGCCAACCUGUGCCAAGUGGCCGCACUGCCAGCUCAUGUUUACAGAGACCUCGCUGCGGACCUCGCCGUCUCCUUGGCCACCCCCUCCGUCCGUCCGUCCGUGUCACGUCGGUCAGCCCUGAGGGGCCUCGGGCCCAGGAAUCCCACUGGCCCCAACAGGGGAAGCCAGGGCUCAGGAAUGUUUCCCCCGGGGGGCAUCUUCCUCUGCCCCCUGAUGCUGUGGCAGAAAAUCAGCUGGAUUCGGGAUCCGGGAGCUCCAAAGGCCAUUUCGUAAAAGGCAGCACUGAAGGGGUCUCCGGAACUCGGGGUCCCAACCGAACCCGUUUCUCAACUAGGCCAGGGCCCUGGCUUGACAUUCUCUCUUCCCCCCUCACCCCGCUUGCAGGCUGUGGGAAAGGGGGGUCGGGGAGUGAGCUGCUGCCAUCACUACUCUAGAAUGAAAUCCCCAAACCAAGCACUGAAUACCCUAAACACCCCCCUUGUCCCUGGCAGUCCUCCUGGCUCUCCUUACACGUCAUGGUGUCCUGUUCCAGAGGGAAAGAGGGGUGUGUGUGGGUGUGUGUACGUGUGGGUGUGUGUUGAGUUGUCAGUGCCGAUGUGGAAGUGAAUCUUUACCCUGACUGUGAACUUCCCCUUGCCUGUGCCUGGGGUGACGGGCCACUGGGCCCUGUAUAUAUAUAUAUAUACACACACAUACCUCCCCGUGAUGUUUGCCCGGAAUGCCUCUUCUUCUCAUUGUGGUCGCCCCCUUCCCCUCUGUGUUGUGGGGGGUUUUUCCUGACCUAUGGAGGGACUCUGGCCUCUCCUCCCCUCCCUUUGCUGCGUGACGUCGGCAUCCUCGAACAAAGCGGCUGGGGCCGACGGGAAGCCUAGAAAAACGGACUGUUUUGUUUUUUCUCAUCGGGCCCAGCCCUGUCCCUGCUCCGGAGGGACGGAAGGCACCCCGACUCCUCCGUCCCCAAGCACCCGUGCCCCCCGCACAACUGAAAAGGGCCCUCGCCCCUGAGGUACCGCACCCCAAACCUGCCGGUCUCAUCCACGCCAGCCUCUUCCCCCCGAGCAGCAAACCGGGCUCUUGAGUCCCAGCAGGGCUGGAGCCCCAAGAGCCCGGGGCACGGGGACGUCCGGGUGCGUGCUGGUUGAAAGCAGGAGGAGGAGUCGCCGUGUUGUUCCUAUAGAUUUCACAGAAUAAACACUUCAUGCCAAG